AUGGAGUUUUUCUUGUGUUGUGGGUCUGGAUAUAGUGGGUCAGGGGCUCAGCAGCAUCCACUGGAGAAGUCGAGAUUGCUGGUGGCGACAGAAGCUCACCCCUGCGUAGGGCGGAAGAGGGGAGGGGCCGCCGGGGAGAGGCGUUGUGGGGUUAUUGAUUGGAGGCCAUCUCUUUCAUCAAUAUUGGAGAACAACGUUUUGUCGGAGAGGGUUUUCAACGGCGGCCGCAGUAGCGGAGACUUAAUGGGAAGGGUGGUGGCGAGCUCCAUUUCUAGCAGGAUUGCCUACAUUUUCUCCAAUUAUGUGGAUCCAAUACAUAUAAUGGAAUUGUUCACUAUAUAG